GAUCAUUCGGUCGCUCUCAUAUUAGAUUGCGGCUUGGGGAAAAUCGAGGAAGAAAUGUAAAUUAUAUGGAUUUUUUGUGAAAUACAACCAAAAAAUACUGUUAACUUUAAGGAAAGGGUGAAGAUUUUGACUUAGUAAUCUAAAAGAAAGGGUCCUCUUUCUUUUUUGAGGCCAUGGAUCAAACACAGCUGGACAGUCUUGCCGAUACACUGGAUAUAAAAUAUGGUGUUCUGGACAAUCUAAAAGAUGGAAAGGCAACAUACAGAUCUCAGAUUAUCCUCACAAACAAGUCGGAUAUUCCGCUGGAGUACAAACCAAACUGGAAGAUUUACUUCUGCCACAUUCGCAUGGUGGAACCCGACUCUCUUCCUAAACGUAACCAUGCAGAAAUAAAAACGGAAGGGGUCAGAUUCUCGCAUGUGAACGGCUGCCUGUUUACUCUGGAACCUAUGAAGACUUUCAAAACACUGAAGAAAGACGAGAGUGUAAAAAUCCAGUUUAAGUGUCAGUAUUAUUGUGUAGCAAGAACUGAUUUAUUACCAAACUGGUACAUUGUGUCGGGGGAUCUGGAACCUCGUAUCAUUAAAUGCACAAGCAGUUCUGAUUUAGGUUUUGUGCAGCCUUUCGACAAACUAGAAAAAUGGAAGAGAUUUCAUUAUAAACAAGAGAAUGGUGCGAUGAGAAUAGACAAGUACAAUCCUUUUACUCCUGAGGAGAGAUUCGAGAGGAAUUCAGUGGAGGAUCUUGGGAAAGCAGGAGCACCUGUUUUGCCGACCCCAGUGAAAGCUUUAUAUGACUGGGAUAAAACGGCAGUUUUGUCAGUUGAUAAAUUUGUGAUUGUUUGUGAUCAAAAACUUGAAAAUGAAGCUGACAUCUUGAAAGAAAAACUAGGACUGGAUUUAAAAAUAUCCUAUGACACAAAAUCUACACAGACAUCAAACGCCAUUUUCCUGCUACUUCAAGAGACUAAAGACGACGCCCCCUCCUCUUCCUACAAACUGUCUAUCAAUGCUGAGCUCCCCUCAGUCAGAAUUGAGGCCAGUGAUCCUGCAGGAGCUUUCUAUGGUAUUCAAUCCUUCAUCUCCCUACUGGAAAAUGACCGAGUACCAACUACAGAACUGGAGGACUAUCCCAGGUUUUCCUACCGAGGCAUGCACUUGGACGUUUCUCGAAAUUUUCAUGGGAAACAACAAGUGAUGAAGUUGCUGGACACCAUGGCUAGAUAUAAGAUGAAUAAGUUUCACUUUCAUCUGACGGACGAUGAGGGCUGGCGACUGGAAAUUCCAGGCUUGGAGGAACUCACCGAUAUUGGAAGCAAGAGAGGCCAUGAUCUAAGUGAGAGGACCUGUAUACUACCCAUGCUAGGUUCGGGGCCCCACUUAACUUCCUCUGGGUCAGGGUUCUAUUCAGUUGAAGACUAUCAAGAAAUUCUACGAUUUGCCAAAAAGAGACACAUAAAGGUCAUCCCCGAGAUUGACAUGCCCGGUCACAGUCAUGCUGCCGUUAUGGCUAUGAAGGCACGUUUCUAUAAAUACAAGAAAACUGGUGAUAUGCAAAAAGCAGAAGAGUUCCUUCUGUGUAACGUGAAUGAUUCCUUGCUCGCUCAGUCAGUGCAGAUGUUCUCGGAGAACUCCAUGGACCCAGGACUGGAGUCAACGUAUAGGUUCGUGGACAAAGUGGUGGCUGAGGUGCAGAAGAUGUACGAACCUAUUGCGCCCCUGGAAACAUUUCACUUUGGAGGUGAUGAGGUUCCCUACGAGACGUGGGAAGACUCUGAGGCGUGUAUAGCCCUGGUCAAAAAUAAAAAAGUCAAGGAUUUCUCCAAACUAAUGGAAUAUUUUGUGAAACGUGUGGCUAAAAUUGUGGCUAAACACGACUUAAUGAUGGGAGCCUGGCAGGACGGGGUGAUUCAUGAUGAGGUAGAUUUGGAGCCCGUGGAGCGGAAGGAAUUUCCAAAUAAAGAGGUCCAUGUGUACACCUGGCAGAAUGUGUGGGAGUCUGGAUUAUCGGGGUGUGCAUACAGGCUGGCUAAUAAUGGUUAUAAGGUUGUGAUGGCCCAGGGUACCCACCUUUAUUUUGACCACCCUUACGAACCGGACCCAGAGGAACGAGGUCUGUACUGGGCGUGUCGAUUCUGUGAUACUAGGAAAACCUUUGGCUUUAUGCCUGAUAACAUCUAUGCCAAUGCGGACGUCAAACUGACUGGUGACCCAAUCUGCAUGACUGAUUUACUGAACAAGCAUCCAGAGGACCAUGAUCCAUUGAAAGAACAUAAAAAUGUUUUAGGAAUACAAGGACACCUGUGGACCGAGUUGGUGAGGACCCCUGAUGAGAUGGAUUCCAUGAUUUUUCCACGUCUUCUAGCUGUGGCUGAAAGGUCCUGGCACAAAGCAUCAUGGGAAGACGUGGAGGAUGACUCAUCAAGAAGGGUUAGACUGAACAAAGAUUGGUCAAUGUUUGCGAACAGUCUGGGCUACAGGGAACUCCCGGUUCUAGACAGAAUGGGCGUGGCAUAUCAUCUCACCCCUCCCGGGGCAAGGGUUGUAGACGGAGAGCUGGAGAUGAAUGCUGUUUACCCAGGACUGCCGAUGUUCUAUAGUCUAGAUGGCGGUGAAUCGUGGAUUCUCUAUGAAAAGAAAGUGAAAGUAGACCCAAGAUCAAAAAUCAAAUUAAUGUCGAAGUCAGCUGAUGCAAAGAGAGAGAGCAGGGUGGUGAUAUUAGAGUCGACAUCAAGUAAAGACUGAAACAGUGGAGUCGUAGGUUUCACCUCAGCCAGCAGAUGUUGAAAUCUAUUCCGUCUUCUUUAGGAAUAUUGUUAUAUAAACUGACUCCACACAUUAUAUGUAGUGACUUCUCGCCUUAUUUAAGAUGACUCCACAUAUUCUACAUGUGUUGACUUUACGUAUUAUUUAUAGAGUGGAUUCCACACAUUAUACAUGAAUGUGUUGACAUCCUACAUUAUAUUUGUUUACUUCUCAAAGUCUCUUACGAUAUGUGUGUUUACUUUUCUUAUCAUAUAUGUUGAAUCCCAUAUUAUAUAAUGUUGACUUCUCGAUUUAUAUAAUGUUGACUUCUCACAAUAUAUAAUGUUGACCUCUCACUUUAUAUAAUGUUGACCUCUCACUCUAUAUGAUGUUGACUUCUCACAUUAUAUAAUGUUGACUUCUCACUUUAUAUAAUGUUGACCUCUCACUUUAUAUAAUGUUGACCUCUCACUUUAUAUGAUGUUGAUUUCUCCUCUCACUUUAUAUAAUGUUGACUUCUCACUUUAUAUAAUGUUGACUUCUCACUUUAUAUAAUGUUGACCUCUCACUUUAUAUAAUGUUAACCUCUCACUCUAUAUGAUGUUGACUUCUCACAUUAUAUAAUGUUGACUUCUCGCUUUAUAUAAUGUUGACCUCUCACUUUAUAUGAUGUUGACCUCUCACUUUAUAUAAUGUUGACCUCUCACUUUAUAUAAUGUUGACUUCUCACUGUAUAUAAUUUUGACCUCUCACUUUAUAUAAUGUUGACUUCUCACUUUAUAUAAUGUUGACCUCUCACUUUAUAUGAUGUUGACUUCUCACACUAUAUCAUCAUUCCGAGUCCAGGGUUUCUGAUCCGCUCCACUUUCCUACGAACUACACGUCUAGUUUAAAUAAUAAAAUCCAAUUCUUUAGCGUCAACAUGAAUUGUUAUAAAGUUCGCAAUUAAACAAGUAUCUGCAACAUUCUGCUCCAUACACUCAGUUUCAGCUAAAGAUAUUCAAAUUCGAACUAUUCACUUAACCACUGACAGCAAAUAGGGGUCACACAGGUCACAAAACCGCAUGGUUUUCUCUUUAAGAUUGAGUUUCUGGUAUGAUAAAACAAUGUUUCUGAUUGGAUCAUGUGUCUUUUAAUGAGGCCAAUCAAAGAACCGGAUUUCUAACCUGUCUUACUCUGCCUAUUCGGUUAAGGGUUUAUAUGAAGCGGAGCGGAUCAGAAACCCAUGACUCGGAAAGAUGACACUAUGUAGGUUGACUUUGCACAUUAUCUAUGUUGAAUUCACAUAUUAUAUAUGUUGAAAGUUUUCUGUGUUGUGUUUACAAGUCAGGCUUUUCUUGUUGGUCUGAAUUUCUCUGUUUCUAUUAGAUUAUUCUGUAGCUUCCUUAUUUUACGCCAGUACUUAAUAUGAUAAAAUGACUCGUAUACGUCAAAUCGCAUGAA